GCCCGAUACGGUAAUCAUAGCCUAGAAAAGCCUACCUAACCUUGCCAAAGAUGGAGCCAACUGUGAAGAUGGACCUUCCACUGAUGAUUGCCACAACUGUCCUUGCCGCGGUGUUUAUCGCAUUCAUCAUCCUUCGCCAGAAGUUCCGCUAUGGCAAACAGCUUGAACAGCUUACUCCCAAAGCGAAGCCGCGCACCUUUGGUGUCUUCACGCUUGAAGAGGUGGCAAAGCAUGACAAGCCAGACGACGCAUGGAUCAUUGUUCAACACCUGGAGACAAAGGAAUACCGCGUGUACGACAUCACGACCUACAUCGAGGAGCACCCGGGUGGUGACGCCAUCCUGCGCCACGUGGGCGGCGACACCACGGAGGGUUUCCACGGCCCGCAGCACCCGGUGACGGUGUACGUGCUGAUUGAGGAGUACUGCGUGGGCAAGCUGGCGGAGAGCGAGGCGGCCAAGCUGGGGAAGUGAGGCCAGGGGUGAGGUGAAACGCGAUUGAUGAGACGCGGCAAUGGAAGCAAAGGAGAGGAGAAAGGCUUAAUUCGCGACCGGGUGCUGGAAUAUUAUGUUAACUGAGACGCGAAGAAUACUGACCCUGACCGUACCGUACGCUGGGUGUAUGCGUCGAGGAGUAACGGGUGAAGGAGGGAGGUAGAACGAGCGAGCUGAUGCUGUAGCAGCAGGGUUGUCCAGGGCAGGAGCUGUAUGUGUACGGCAGCAGGGAGGUUGCUGGGUGCACUGUUAGUGCCUAGAUGUUGUUGCCUGCGUGCUUAUAGGCUUGUAAUGGCUUUUGGGUUUCGCCGCCAUGGAAGCUUCGUCCUUGCAUGCGAUUGUGAGCAGCUGUUAUUGGCCUAUAUAAUGAGCUGGAACCUGUCCAGCAGUAUACUUCAAAAAAUUUUGGAAUGAGUGGCAGUGCCUUAGGGCUGUCCAAGCGCAGGUGGAGUGUUGCGAUCCCGGACUGAUUGGCCUGCUAUUUUUUCACAUAUGGGACCCUCUGCACGGCUCUUGCAAAGAGGCCCAAACGUUGCACGGCGGAUGGGGGACAUGUUGCUCUGGUGUGGGGUGCAUAGGGUGAGAGAUGCUGCACUAGGCCCCAGACGCCUCGUCUCGUAAACGUUGUUUUUUACUGGAAAGGCUGGAAGUAAUUGUGUACAUGGGCGUCCCAAGUUGAUAACCAAAAGGCAACCGAGGGCAACCAAGCGAGUGCGCAACCGUCAGAUUCACAGGCCCCUGCAAGCCCAUAAGAAGUUACGCGAUGCGCAUAACAGUGGGAAUGUAUACCGGUAAUUCCUUAUGAACAACACUGU